AAUAAUUUCAUCAAGUCAAGAGAGCGAUUCAAUAUGUAUUGCCUAAUAAGUCUUUUAUUGGUGAUGCAUUUUAUCGUAGUAUCUGCGAAGGUGACGAGUUCUCCACCAGUUCUGAUCUGGGGCACCGAUACUCCUAAAGCUACGAGUAUUUUUCGCCCGUUGAAGAGUGGACAGUUUCAAAAGAUAAUACAAAAUUUGAGGAAGGACAACAUGAUAGUGGUUUACCUAGCCUCUGAGCUAGCCGCCAAGGACAUCAACUGCGAUGUGUGCUUUCCCUACUUGAGCAAGAUCCAGCCCAUGAACUACUACAGCCAGGUGGAAGAGCCUUUAAAGGCCGUGGAAAGGGUCAGCAAAAGGACCGGAGAGAUUAUCUGGCACUAUCCUGCUCUUAAUGAAAUAAGGAAACUGGAACUGGAAAUGGAGCUGCCCUGCAAAAAGGGCCAGAUUCACGCUUUCAGCUUCAACAAUCGCAAUGUCCUGGCCCACGACGCCGCCAUGGCGGUGGCAACCUAUCAGUUCAGCGACUGUCCGGUGGUGCAUGUGUACACGGCAUACACGGAGGAAGAUAGGGCUUUUCAGCGUCGUAAAAUCCACAAGACCCGUCCAGCCGCCCAUUUAAUGGACCCGUUAAAGAGCCUCGAUGCAUCGUCGAAUACAUCUGAUUACGAAUUUGGUCAAAUGCCACAGCGAUUCAGCUACAGCUUGGUCGAUAACAUGACCGUUCUGCGCCACGACAUGCUCAUCUUAUCCUUUCGGAAUAUUCUGCUGGCCAAGAGGGAGGUGCCAGGACUGCUGAACCCCUUCAACCGAACGGACGUGGUCCUUCCAAAUGGAAGGGAGGAAGUGCAGGUGGCCUUCCUCAACGGCCGGGACGUUCACGGGGGAAUCAUAGUGGGGAUGGACACAAACAUCAGCCCCCUGCUGCUGGAGUUCAUUCCCUCGCAGGGCAAUUGGUUCCUCACCCGCAUGAUCCUCAGCAAUUCCUCCCACUAUCUACGGGACUACUUGUUCUUCGGCUUCGAAUUCAGCCUCUGCUGUACGGACAUUACGGGCUUUGCCUCCGAUACGGAGCGGCUGACAUUCUUUGACUUUCACCUGGACAUCCUUUGGCGUGAUACGGAUAAUGGCAUGGACCUGAACUACGAGGUGAAACCCUGCUGGAGCUGUUCUGUACUUAUGACCCCGACCCUGACACAGACCUUGUUCGUGGGUCUGAUCAUCGUCAUACUACUCUGGAUCGGCCUGGCAAUGAUACUCUCCAUCGGGCAGAACAAGAUCCUCCAAAACGCCAACGACCCUGACCUGCACAUCAAGACGGACACCUAGGCGACCCGCAACUGUGGUGGCGACCCUCUCAACCCACGCUCUUUGAUGCACAUGCGGCACAGUACUCUACACAUUCUGCUAAUUCACUUGCUUACAAUUCUAAUCGCGUGGGGUCGCGGAUGGUGCUGGGGAAGGGGCUUAGUGAUCGUAAUAA